GGUUGGAUAACCUGGCACUCCAUUUGAGUUUGUUUUGAUUAAAAUUUUUUGGUUAUAAACUUCUAAAUAAGUUAAAAACUAAUAUUUGAAUUAAUGGAAUCGAAACUUUCAUGAUAUUUAAGUUAGAAGCAAUUUAUUGUCUUUGUUAUCUACAUUAAGAUAUGCUUUAACUUUGCUAUGUCAUUUUAGGUUAAUUAGAGUUAAGUAGACAAAAUUCAAUUACUAUUACGGUACUGUAAUUGCCCUGAAGAACUUGAUAUUUCCGUUUCAUCAUGACUAAACUCUCAUUUUUCAUAAUUUUAUUAAUCAAUAUUGCUUCUGAAUUUGAAUUAUCAUGGCUAGAAGUAAAGAAUGGAUGCCUGUAGUUCUAUGGCAUGGAAUGGGUGACUGCUGUUGCAAUCCUCUGAGCUUGGGAAAAAUAGAUAAAGUAAUCAGGAAAACACUUGGGAAUGAAACCAAUAGAAACGAGGUCUACAUUCACUCUAUCAAAAUUGGAAACAAUGUAUUCGAGGAUACAUUGAAUGGCUACUUCAAAAAUGUCAAUGAACAAGUGGAAGAAGCAUGUCAACAGAUUAGAAAUGAUCCUAGAUUAUCAUCUGGUUACAAUGCGAUAGGAUUUUCACAAGGUUCACAAUUUUUACGAGCAUUGGCCCAAAGAUGUCCUGGCCCAAAUAUGAACAACUUGAUAUCAAUUGGAGGGCAGCAUCAGGGUGUAUUUGGACUUCCGCACUGUGAAUACCCCGAUAGUAAAUAUUGCGAUUACAUAAGAAAAAUAUUGGAUGUUGGUGCCUAUUGGUCAUGGGUCCAAGCCAAAUUCGUACAAGCUGAAUAUUGGCAUGACCCUUACAACGAGGAAGAAUACAUCGAUGGAAGUGUAUUUCUGGCCGAAAUAAACAAUGAGAAAACAUUGAACCGAAACUACAUUACCAAUUUGAGAAAACUCAAGAAUUUUGUUAUGGUCAAGUUCAACCAGGAUACUAUGGUUAUACCAAGAGAGUCGGAGUGGUUUGGCUUCUAUACCCCAGGGCAAGGUAUCAAUAUAACUUCGCUGAGAGAUUCUCGACUCUACAAGGAGGACAGACUUGGACUUCAAAAGAUGGAUAAAGCUGGAAAAUUACAUUUUCUGGAAGUGGAUGGUGACCAUCUUCAAUUCGAAAUGGAAUGGUUCAUUGACAAUAUAAUCAAUAAGUUCUUGAGAGUAACAAUAUAAGAACAAAUUUAUCUGUAUAUUUAACAUAAGUCUAAGUUAGUUAUUUUUCACUUUUAUAUUAUUUUCAAGUUAUGAGUUUUUUAUUACCUGUUGAAGAUUGUUGUUUGGAAUAUUGGGAUUAAACGUUCUCCUCGGUUUCGAGAAUAACAUAAA